AUGAACUCCUUUGUGAACAAUGUGUUUGAGCGGCUGGCUGGGGAAGCCACCUGGCUGGCCCAGUACUCGGGCCGCACCACCCUGGCAUCCUGGGAAGUGCAAACGGCUGUGCGUCUGAUGCUGCCUGGGGAGCUGGCCAAGCAUGUUCUGUCUGAGGGCACCAAGGCUGUCACCAAAGCCUACCAGCGCCUCUGGGAGUCCUCCCACGUGACACUGCAGGAGCUGCUGGACAAGGAGCGGCCCCUGCUCCACCCGGUACCUGAACGGGAGCGCCAGUCCUUCCAGCACCGGCUCUCGUCGCUCUACCUGUUCUACCUGGGGCUGCUUCGCCGCCUGGACGCCAUCUAUGACCAGAUGGUGCAGCCGCAGAAGCGGCGGCUGCUGCGGCGGCUGCUGGACGGCGUGGCGGGCCGAGUGCUGGAGCUGCAGGAUGAGCUAGUGCGCACUGACCUUAGCGAGUGCCGCUGCCUGGACCACGUGCUGCAGGAGCUCAAACUCACGCCGGCAGACCUGGAGGUUCCAAUUCCCAAAUACUUCCUGUUGGAGCAGGCUAGCAUUCUGAAGGACCGGGGCCUAAUGUUGGCAGAAAUCCUGUCCAAAAUGGAGCCAGUGCCCUCUGUGGAGAUCUUUCCAGGAAAGCACUGGACUGAGGCCAUAAUCCUGCUGCAAAGAGCCGAGCGGGCCCGGCAAGGCCGGCUCCGUGCUAAGUUCAUGCGUGAAAUUCGGAGAGAGGAGGAGCGGGACCGGAAGAGCCGAGAGGAUGGGAGGCACAAGUUCACUCAGGACCAGGCAUCUGUCAUCAUACAGAAGGUGUGGAAAGGCUACCUGCAGAGGAAGCGUACCCAGCAGGACCGGCAGGUAGAGAUGGAGUUCAUCGGCAUGCUCCCCUCACCCAAUGAAACAGAGCACUCAGGCAUCCUGUCCCAGGCCUGCCUCAGGGAGGAUGUCCGGAGGCUCCGCCAGGUAGAGAAGGAGGAGGAGUUCCAGUUGGCCAUGACGCAAACCCAUGAUUCUCUCAUAGAGACUGAGGGGCCUGACAUAAAGGAGAAGAUGAAGGAGCAAAUUCGACAGUGGUUUAUUGAAUGCCAUGCCCUUACAGGUCGGUUUCCUGAUUAUCCAGAUGAGUCUUCAGGUGGAUCCUACGUGAUCUUUGCAGACAAGACUCCAGAACAGGUAGAUAAGCUGAUGCAGCAAGAGCUGAAGAAUUUGCGCCUGGCUGUGGACAGGGAGGAGGAGAGACCCUUGAAGCCUCCAAAGAAGAAGCCUGGGAAGAAAGUUGGAAAGAAGAAGGAAAAGGAUCUCACCCCCAGCAGGUCCCUGGACUCUCUGUAUGAAGAGCUCGUCAUCCACAGACUUCUGAAGAAGAGUGAGACAGUGGCACUGAAGGACUACAUCGGUGACUGCCUCUAUCUUGGAUCUGCUCUGAACGUGGCAAACAAGUUGCCUAUGCCUUCCUUGUUUGAUAUUCGUCAGAACAUGGCCUUGUAUGGGGUUCUGCGGCUUGGCUCCCCAGAUAUACAUGCCAUGGCCCCCCUUAUCCGUUCCAUCCUCUUAGUGGGCCCCCCAGGCAUGGGGAAGAAGAUGCUGGUUAAGGCUGUGUGCACCGAAACUGGUGCCAACCUGUUUGACCUGUCCCCCAGCAACCUGCAGGGCAAAUACCCUGGCAGAGCCGGCGUGCAGAUGGUCGUGCAUAUGGUCUUCAAGGUGGCUCGGUUGCUGCAGCCCUCUGUGAUCUGGAUUGGGGGAGCUGAGAAGACUUUCUAUAAGAAGGUCCCAAAAGAAGAGAGAGAGAUGGACCCAAAGCGAAUGAAAAAGGACCUUACCAAGGCCUUGCGCCUGCUGAACCCCGGAGACCGCGUGAUGCUAAUUGGAACCACAGCCCGGCCACAGCUGGCUGAGAUGAAGGGGCUGUGUCGGACCUAUGAGCGCAUCCUCCUCAUGCCCCGGCCCGACUACGCCUCCCGAUUUGUGCUUUGGAAGCAUAUGAUAGAGACCCAAGGAGUUCAGGUGACCCAGAGCCUGGAUAUCAGUGCCCUGGCCAAAGUGUCUGAUGGUUACACGCCCGGCCACAUCCUCCAAGCCAUUCAAUCAGUACUGACAGAGCGGCGGCUCCUGCAACUGUCCAAGCGUCCCUUAGUGGCCUCUGAGUUCUUGGGGCAUCUGGCAAAGCUGGAACCAGUGUACAAAGAGGAAGAGGAAUCUCUGAAGGACUGGUACUUCAAGACUCCACUAGGCAAGAAGAGAAUGAAGCUUAUCAAGGAGCAGAUGGAAGCUGAGGAGGCCAGGAUAACCAAGGAAAAAAAGAAAAAGAAGUGA